UUUGUUUCCUUGUUUGAUAUUGUUUACUAACUUUCACAUGUUAGAACAUCGUAUUAAUGGUUCUUAUGCAAACGCAUGCUUAGAUAUAAAGACUAUUUACGUUGUUUAGGCUGUCAUUAGGGUUGUAUUACCGCAGUGAUUUCAAUGGUGAGUCUCUCGAGCAGGUGAAGAGACUCUUUCAAUCUCAGCCCAAAAGAACACUUAAAAUGCUGGAGUGUGUUCAAUAAGGGAACUCAUAUCGACAGAGACUUGAUUGAACAGCAAGAGUCGACACAAGUAUUGUUUGGUUGAUCAGCACCAAAAGCAACAGCUAUGUAUGAGAACUUACCGACAGUGUCAGCUUCCGAGCGACAGCAGGUCCUUCAGGCCCUGGAAAGGCUACAGUCCAAACUCGUGCAGAGAGAGGAGUGGAGUCACAGCGAACAGCUCGGGAUGCUGAAGGAAGCCCUGCAGAGUCCUUUGUUCGGCCAUAUACUCACCCUGCAGCAUUCCGUCAAACAGCUUAAAGACCAGUUAAACAGUUUGCCUCCAGACACCUGCAGUGAGUUCAGUUUCUCUAAUAAGGGUCAGUUGAUCGUCAGCGCGAGUCGCCCAUCCAGCAGUCUCGGCUCUGUGGUGUCGAACGGUACGACCUCCACGAACGCAUCUACAGAGCAGCUGCAGAGGUGGAUCAAUGUAGCUGCAAAGGGAAGGAAAACAGAGAUCAUCAGCCUACAGAAACCAUUAUCUGGUGGCCUUGGCUUCAGCGUGGUGGGCCUGAGACCUGAAGGGGUGGGCAGUCAUGGUGUGUUUGUCAGACAGGUCCAGACAGGAAGCGUCGCAGACAGGGAUGGACGACUGCAGGAGAAUGAUCAGAUUCUGGCGAUUAAUGGGAUUCCUCUGGAUCAAAGCGUGACGCAGCAGCAGGCUAUUGCUCUCCUCCAGCAGCAGAGGGAUCGCGUGGAGCUGGCGGUUGCCAGAGACACCGCCGCCAAACCGAGGCUCUCCACAUCUGGACCCAUUCAGAUGGACCAGUGGGGUCACGUAGAAGAGAUCGAGUUGGUGAACGAUGGGUCUGGAUUGGGCUUUGGGAUCGUUGGAGGCAAGACGACCGGUAUGGUUGUAAGGACCGUGGUGCCGAAUAGCGUAGCCCAUAAGGACGGGAGGCUGACAACAGGCGAUCACAUUCUGCGCAUCGGUGAGACGUGGACUCAAGGUCUGGCAAGCGACCAGGUGAUUCAGGUGCUUCAGGCCUGUGGUAGCCGUGUGAGGAUGGUGAUUGCACGAUACCCUCUGGGGGCCCCCCAGUCUCCACCACCGACCCCAGCUGUCCCCUCCACCGCCCCCGUCACCUCCCUGUCGCCUCCACCUCUACCCGCCACUGCCCCAGUCACCUCCCUGCCCACUCCACCACCCGUGCCAGCCCACCGGGGCAGCAAAACGCCCAAUCUGGAGGGAUACGAAAUCCACGAAGUGGCUUUAAAAAAGAAGGAAGGCCAGAGCAUCGGGAUCUCUAUCAUCGGUUAUAACGCCUUAACCAAUGAAGAUGCUGUGGGGGUCUUCGUUAAAAACAUCAUCCCGGGCAGCGCUGCUGAGCAAAGCGGGAAAAUCCAUGUCCACGACAGGAUAAUAGCGUUGGAUGGAGUAAACCUACAGGGGUUCACCAACCAGGAAGUCCUAGAGGUAAUGAAGGGCACGGGCGAAACCAUACACCUCUCUCUCAUCAGGAAGAUCGCCCCGCCCAUGAAGACAUCUGUGGAGAAAUCCCUGGAUAAAGUCCAGAGAGAGUCAUCCCGCGUAUCUCUGAAGAGAUCGUCUGAGAUCAAGGCACGGGCGGACGUUCAGAGGAGCUCUGUGAUGGAGUCGGAUCCUGCUCUUAGUGGGAUCAAACAACAGCUGCAGGGGAAAAUCCAAGAGCCAGCCUUGCUGACGGAGAUGGAGCUCCGCGCUAAAUGGGAGCAGGCCCUCGGCCCGCUUUACGACGUUAUGGUUGUGGAGCUGGACCCUGUCAUAGAAGAUGAUGUUGAGCUACAAAAAUAUUCCAAGCUUCUCCCAAUACACACAAUGCGCUUGGGCGUGGAACUAGACUCUUUCGAUGGGCACCACUACAUCUCUACAGUGGCCCCUGAGGGCCCAGUAGCAAAACACGGGCUGCUUCGACCAGAGGACGAACUUCUGGAGGUGAAUUGCGUGCAGUUGUAUGGGAAGUCCAGACGGGAAGCUGUUGCGUUCCUCAGAGAGGUUCCGCCUCCGUUUACCUUGGUUUGCUGCAGACGUCUAGCUGACGAGGGAAGCGAAUACCAGCCUGAAUCUGAAGAGUGGCGGUCCGCCAGCCCCUCAGCCAGCCUUCAGGAACAGAUUGAGAAUAACCUCUUCAUGCUGUCUAAAGACACAAGUCUACGAGAUAGUUUAAGAGAUCAGCUCAAGACCAGUCAGGCACCUUCAAUUCAGCAGGACUACGACAAUAAAGGAAACUCGUUUGAGCCGAGCGGGCCAGGGCGCGAACAGCCAGAGGAGGUGAAGGAAGAAGAUGAAGAAGAGGAGCUAGCUCUCUGGUCUUCAGAGGUGAAGGUGCUUGAAUUGGAGAAGGGUGAAAGGGGCCUCGGCUUCAGCAUACUGGACUAUCAGGACCCUCUAGAUGUUACUCGCUCCGUGAUCAUCAUUCGCUCGCUGUUGCCUGGGGGUGUGGCAGAUAAUCAUGGUGGUCUCCUCCCUGGAGACCAACUGGUGUUUGUCAAUGACGUUCAUCUGGACACUUACUCUCUUGCCCAGGCCGUCGAGGUCCUCAAAUCCGCUCCACCUGGGAAGGUCGAGCUUGGAAUCAGGAAACCACUGGUGCAAGAGGAGAACAGCAGUGUGCAGCAUUCUCCUUGGCCUGUAGAGGGGACUGAAGAUCAGCUGGAGGCAAGGGACACCAUCAGUCGCACUCACAUAGCCAUGCCAGAGGACUUUGGGAAUGGCUCCGUUUUAUCAGACGAUCUGGAUGAGGAACCAGAGUUAAUCUUGGACGCAGAGCCCCGCUACGCCUCCCCCCUCACAACCAUCGACCUCCUGCCCGGCCUGGAGAGAGAGAUGGCCGUAGAUGAUGAUGAGGACGAGCUGGAGGGGAUGGAGAUGAUGACCGAUCAAGAGAGAUUCAAGGUCAGAGAUGAGAGUUUGCCGUCUUACUUCAGCGACAAGAAGCGCUCCUGGGAGGAACCUGCGCUACUGAACCCCUAUCAGUCUGACAUGCAACAACAGUUCACAGAAGAGGAGGAAAAUCUCAGUGCGAGCAUGGAUCGUAUUCAGCUCCAUCAAAAGCCCCCAGGUCAGUCUGUCUCAUGGCUGGAGAGAGCAGACAGUGGGGCUGAAUCUGACUCCAGAACUUCAGAGCUCACGUUGACCGACACGGACACAGAGUCUUUAAAGCUGACUUCCUCUACAAACAGGAAGAGAAGAAGCCAGGGAGCUGGUGUUCCACCGGUCAGAGGAAGCCAAAGCGAUCUUCCAGAGAGGGAGGAAGGGGAAGGUGAAGAGACGCCUGUUUUCAGUCACUGGGGUCCACCACGCAGAGUGGAGGUUUGGUUAGAACCGCAGCAGUCUUUGGGAAUCAGCAUAGUUGGCGGCCGCACUGUUAUAAAGAGACUGAAGAACGGAGAAGAACUAAAGGGCAUUUUCAUCAAACAGGUGCUGCCCGACAGCCCAGCUGGAGCCACAGGUGCCCUUAAAACAGGAGACAAGAUCUUACAGGUGUGUGCGGUGGACUUGCAGAACGCCAACCAUGAGGAGGCAGUACAGGCUAUCAAAAAAGCCUCCAAUCCGGUAGUCUUCGUUGUGCAGAGUCUUUCCUCCACUCCACGGCCUGUUUCUGUGACGGCCUCCAGCAUUAGGCAGCAUAAAGCUAAAAGGAAAGCCGCCCAGCAGAAAGCGGGUCAGGCCAGCUGCCCUCCACCCAUGCGCCUCCCCCCACCCUACAGACCUCCCACCCAAAUGCAGGAGGAGGAGGAGGAGGAGGAGGAGCGGCAGGAGGAAGAGGGGAGUGAGGAGCAGUCGAGAGAAGUGAUCAGGCAGAGGUACGCGGAACUGCCAGGUGAGCUGCUGAUCGUGGAGCUGGAGAAAGACCGCAACGGUUUGGGACUCAGCCUGGCCGGAAACAGGGAUCGGUCAUGCAUGAGCAUUUUUGUUGUGGGGAUCCCAGCCGGUGGUCCGGCCGGACGGGACGGACGCAUCAGAGUGGGAGAUGAGCUGUUGGAGAUAAACAACCAGGUGCUGUACGGCAGAAGCCACCAGAACGCGUCGGCCAUAAUAAAAAGCGCAGCGACAAAGGUGAAACUCGUGCUGGUCAGAAAUGAAGAUGCUCUCAGUCGAAUGGCUGUCCCGCCCUUCCCCACCCAGCCGUCCUCUCUGUACCCCGAGACGCAUCUCAAUACAUCAGCCGUCACGCCUCCGACAGAGAAGCCCCCUCCUCCUCUUCCCGAGAGUCUUCCUGUUUGCCCACCUGAGCCGACGCAAAUCAAAGAGCAGCCCAGCAUGGUUUCCACCAAAAGCGUAACGCCUAGAGAUCAGACGAGCCUCAAAGAGGGAGAGAUUGUCGUGAAGAAGCUCAAAUCUACAGAGAAAGUGUUGGAGUCCACCAUCGAACCGUCACCCAAACCUCAUGUGGAACAGGAUCGUCCUCAGGUCACCAUUCUUCCAAAAUGCCAGAGGAAUCCCUCCAAGCCCACGGCAGGUUCUCUGGAGGUCGUGUCCUCAGGAUCAUCCGUUCCGUCCAGCGGCACCAGUCCAGACGUUGAGGACUGCAGCAAAGAUCCUGCUACAUGUCCUAUCGUUCCAGGACAAGAGACUGUUAUUGAGAUCUCGAAAGGCCGAUCCGGACUGGGUCUCAGUAUAGUCGGGGGGAAAGAUACUCAGUUGGAUGCCAUAGUGAUUCAUGAAGUGUAUGAGGAGGGGGCAGCGGCACGGGACGGUCGACUUUGGGCAGGAGAUCAGAUACUAGAGGUGAAUGGAGUGGACCUGCGCAGCGUCGCUCACGAAGACGCUAUAGCUGCUUUACGGCAAACACCGUCAAAAGUAAGACUGAUAGUCCUGCGAGACGAGGCACAAUAUAGGGACGAGGAGAACCUUGAGGUGUUUCAAGUGGAACUGCAGAAGAGAACUGGGCGAGGGCUGGGUCUCAGCAUCGUCGGUAAGAGAAAUGGAAAGGGCGUCUUUAUCUCGGAUGUGGUGAAGGGUGGAGCGGCGGAUCUGGACGGCAGACUGAUGCAGGGUGAUCAGAUCCUGGCCGUUGAUGGAGAGGACAUGAAACAGGCGUCACAGGAGACCGUUGCAGCCAUCCUCAAGUGCGCCAGGGGAAAAGUGCUGCUGGAACUGGGCCGGCUGAAGGCUGCCUCCUGGAUCUCGUCCAGACGCACCUCUCAGGGAAGUCAGAUGAGUCACGUCAGCGGCAACAGCAGCACGCCCAUCCCCACGUUAUCAACAGUGGUCCUGGCUCCUGCCGUAGCCCCGCCUCCUGCCGUAGCCCCACCUCCUGCAGUAGCCCCGCCUCCUCAAACUCUCAACAACAGCAAAGCUAGUCCCGAACCCAACAGCGAAAGCACAGAACCAGGCCUUCGCAUAGUUGAGAUCUCACGGGGUCCCACGGAUGCUCUGGGUAUCAGUAUAGCAGGUGGAAAGGGCAGUCCGCUGGGCGACAUUCCCAUCUUCAUCGCUAUGAUCCAGGCUAACGGCGUGGCUGCUAGGACACAUCGCCUUAAAGUUGGCGACAGGAUUGUAAGCAUUAAUUCACAGUCUCUAGACGGCUUGACUCACGGAGAUGUCGUAAAUAUGUUGAAGAAUGCUUACGGCACUAUUGUCCUCCAGGUUAUCGCUGACACCAACAUCAGUGCUAUAGCCAGCCAGGUGGAGAAUCUGUCCACUGGCUCCGCCCCCAGCACAAACCCAGAGGUCCGCCCAGUGGAGCCAGAGGCACCCAAGCCGAACAUCAUCACACUGGAAAAAGGCUCAGAGGGGUUGGGCUUCAGUAUCGUGGGCGGUUUCGGGAGUCCACAUGGAGAUCUUCCUAUCUAUGUCAAAACAGUCUUCGGCAAGGGGGCAGCAGCAGUGGACGGCCGUCUGAAGCGAGGAGACCAGAUCCUGACUGUUAACGGAGAGAGUCUAGAAGGAGUCACACAUGAGCAAGCCGUGGCCAUACUGAAGAGACAGCAAGGAACCGUCACGCUAUCUGUGCUGUCCUAACAGCGCACACACACACUGAGAGCUGCUUCUACUGAAUCACACACAUACACAUUCCAUCAACGUCUUAAAGAGACUCGUUCCCCUCACACACCAGCGUCAGCCUUCAUCCGGUCACUUUAAUUUGUGAUACAGUCUGACAAACCCGGAAUGACCAAUUCAGACUGUUGGCUUCAUUGUUACCGUUAAGCUCCGCCCCUUUUACGCCACCACCUGGGAUUUUAGAUCAAAAAUGCUCAAAGGGAAAUCACAUUGUGUCAUCUUGGGUGGACAUCGUGCGCUGGUGGAUUGUGUGGCAAUAUUAAAGAUGAAUGUUGUAAUGAAAUGAGUUAAAUUGGAGGUAGCAGAAGAACACACAUUUCAUUUGUAAUGAUCAUUUCAGUCCAAUAGUACAAAACCCAAUGCGGUCCUUCUAAUUUCUCGAUUAAAUAAGAUAAAUACACACUGACGGCUUUCUCCAGAAAGCAGAUUCAUUUGACCAGUGAAUGUUUGAGUGACGAUCAAUACAAGGAUAAACGAUAAUAAGGGAUAAGAAAGAUUCAGUAUGUUGUUGAAACCGGUUAUAAAUGUGCCUUGGAACGGGCCGAUCAGAUUGUGCUGGAAUGGUUUAUUUGGAUAGUAUUACACAUUCAGAUCAUUUCAAUAAGAUGAGGUAAAUUUCUGCCUAUUUUAAGGAAUAGUUCACGUAAAAAUAAGAAUUUUUAUACUAUUUACCCAUGCAGCCUUUUUUCUGUGAAAUCAAAAUUGGAUCUUGGAUACAGAUGAAAUGGUCAAAACAUUAAAAGUGCAAAAACGUUUUUUGAGUAAAUAAUAUAAUUUUGUUUUUAGGUGAACAAUUCCCUUUACGUCGCUAUUGUGUAUCGAGAUUUCAAACACUACAGUCAAACAUCUACUGAUACGUGUGUUGCACAAAAAUCCUUAUGCAUACAAUUUCAUGCUUAAUGUUUUAUAAUUCAUUUUGUUAUUUGAUAUUUAGUUGCACACAAUUUUAGCAUUUCAAUGUAAAUAUGUAAUUUAUUUUCGUUUAAAGACACAACAUUGAUUUCUGUAACGCACAUCCUAGUUUGUCUUUGUGUCUCUUCAUAUGAGGAUAUCCUGUCAUUCUCUCCGGAAGUGUACCGGACUCUUAAGUUCUUCUAGUUGUAAACAGCACGCCGCAGUCCCAUCCAGAUCCAGAUCGUCUGCGCCUUUUUGUAAGCACAUACUGUAGCAGACAUUGUCACUCUCGCCUCUUAAAUUCUCGUGCCAUGUGGACACAAUGCGUAAAGCUCUGUCUGCCACCGCAUCCCUUUAAAAAGCCUGCCUGUAUCUCCUAAAUCCUACGCCUUCCUUUCUCAUUUUGCUAGAUCUUUAGGUUUGGGCUGUGAAGCGCAAAGUACAUUUCAGUGAGAAAGCUCACGUCGGUCGCAGUAGAAGUAGCUUUAUAUCGGUCGAAUAUCGGUGUAAUGUUUUCCAAAGAGAAACUGUUUAGUGAAAGUCGUAUGUUAGAUGCAGAGAGUACAUUUGUGCUGAGCAGAUUUAUGGUCACGGUUUAUUUUGGAAAGUAGAAGUGAUCAAGUGUCGCAAAAAAUAAAGUUAUUUUCAUUCUAA